CCUCCUCUUCGUCCCGCACCUCCUUCACCGCCUCCCCGGCCCUUUUUCCCGCCUGGCCGUCCCGCGUUCAGACAGGGGGGACCAUGAGCCGCCAGUACAGCUCCAAAUCGGCUUGCGGAGGGGGUGGCCGGAGGGUCUUCAGCGCCCGCUCCACCAUGGCCUUCCGGACCGGGGGUCGCACCGGGGUCUCCGCGGGUCGCGUCGGAGGGAGAUGCGGCUCGGGGGGCGGCGGCUUCGGGGGCUACGGCAGCAGGAGCCUCUAUAAUCUCGGGGGUACCAAGAGCAUUUCGGUCAGCGUGGCCGGGGCCGGCUAUGGUUUCAGAGGAGGGUCCUGCGGCGGAGGGGGCUUUGGCGGGAGGGGUUUCGGGAGUGGGAGCCUGGGGGGCGGCGGGGGCUUCGGAGGCUUCGGCCCCGGGGGCUUCGGCCCCGUCUGUCCCCCCGGGGGCAUCCAGGAGGUGCAGAUCAACCAGAGCCUCCUGCAGCCCCUCAACUUGGAGAUCGACCCCGAGAUCCAGAAGGUGAAGACGCAGGAGCGCGAGCAGAUCAAGGUCCUCAACAACAAGUUCGCCUCCUUCAUCGACAAGGUACGGUUCCUGGAGCAGCAGAACAAGGUGCUGGAGACGAAAUGGGAGCUGCUGCAGCAGGUGAACACGACAACGCGGACCAACAACCUGGAUUCCCUCUUUGAGGCCUACAUCGCCUCUCUGCGCCGCCAGUUGGACUGCCUUAACUCCGAACGCAUGCGCCAAGACUCAGAGCUCCGGAGCAUGCAGGACGUGGUGGAGGAUUUCAAGAGCAAGUAUGAGGAAGAAAUCAACAGGAGAACCAAUGCUGAGAACGAUUUUGUUAUCCUGAAGAAGGAUGUGGACGCCGCCUACAUGAGCAAAGUGGAACUGCAGGCCAAUGUGGAGUCGCUGAUGAGGGAGCUGGAGUUCCUGAAAUGUCUGUAUGAAUCGGAGCUGUCCCAGAUGCAGACCCACAUCAGCGACACCAACGUCAUCCUGUCCAUGGACAACAACCGUAGCCUGGACCUGGACAGCAUCAUCGCCGAGGUCAAGGCCCAGUACGAAGAGAUCGCCCAGCGCAGCAAGGCUGAGGCCGAGGCCCUGUACCAGCACAAGUACCAAGAGCUUCAAGUGACAGCCGGGCGUCAUGGCGAUGAUCUGAAGAGCAGCAAGAUGGAGAUUUCGGAGCUGCACCGUGUGAUCCAGAGGCUGCAGGCUGAGAUCACCAACGUGAAGAAGCAGAUAGGCCAUGUGCAGACGUCCAUCUCCGACGCCGAGGAGCGUGGGGAGCGGGCCCUCCAAGAUGCCCAGCAGAAGCUGGAAGAGCUGGAGACUGCACAGCAGAAGGCCAAGGAGGAGCUGGCCCGGCUGCUGCGUGACUACCAGGAGCUGAUGAGCGUCAAGCUGUCACUGGACGUGGAGAUCGCUACCUACCGGAAGCUGCUGGAGGGCGAGGAGUGCAGGAUGUCCGGCGAGUUGCAGAGUCCCGUGAGCGUAUCGGUGCAGAGUAGCCAUACGACCAUCAGUGGCGGUGGUGGCGGUAGCUACGGAGGAGGCUACGGGAGCAGCAGCGUCAGAGGGUCCGGAUUUGGCAGCGGCGGGGGCGGCAGCUACCGGGGUGGAAGCAGCGGGGGUGGAGGAAGCAGCUACGGGGGCGGAAGCUCGGUGAGGGGUGGGAGCGGGAUCAGCCGCUCCAGCGGGGGGGUGAAAUCCGGGGGCAAUUCCCGGGUACAGAUCAUCCAGACGUCCACCAACACCUCCAGCAAGCGCAUCUUCGAGUAGGCGCAGGCCCCGCUGGGGAAACUGCAGCCUGCGGGAUCCCCCUCCAUGGGACCUCUCAGCCCCCUUCUCUCUCAGAAGCCACCCCCUCGUCAUCUCGUUGAUUCAAUCUGAUUCAUUGAGUGCUUACCGUGUGCAGAGCACUGUACUAAGCACUUGGGAGAGGACAACACAACAAUAAACAGACGCAUUUCCUGCCCACAGCGAGCUUACGGUCAGUCCAGUCACCCAGUCCACUGUGAUUUCUCUGCUUCCGGAGAAAUCUUUGUUAUUCAGUCCCGGAAAUGGGGAGUCAUCGAAGGUCACGAAGUACAUCUUUCUGCAUUCAGCUCAAGUAUUCCCCACCUCUCCAAAGUAAGCAUUCCCCUGUGGGGUCUUCUCCCACUGACCCUCCCUUCAGCAAUCUACACAGCACGUGUGAAUUGUGUGUAUGUGUGCAUUGGAUAUUUCUUUGCACUGUAUGUAUAUGAGUGUAUGUGAUUGGGCAUUGUGUUUUUCUUCCCCUCUAGACUGUAAACUCUGUGGGCAGGGAAGCCCCACCCCCCUCUACCCAGUUACUAAAGUCACCCCCUCCCUCCUUCCUACACCCUCCCAAUGUUCGGGGUGGGGGUUGGAUAAAAAAAGGAAGAAACAUAGAUAUAAUGGAGGAGGGAAUGUGUCUGCUAAUUCAAUUGUAUUGUACAUUCCCAAAGGUUUAGUGCUCUGUGCUCAGUAAGUGUUCAGUAAAUACUGUUGAUGGUAAUGAUGAUCCUCGCCUUCCAGAACUGCUCCUUGUGUUAGCCCUGCUCAAAUUAUCCCACUGUAUUAAGAAUCGGAUCCCAGGCUUGCAAAUGUGUCUCAACAUUACCAGUCAGUACUCCUCUUUGGCCAGCUGAGGCCAACGGGCAAAUGGUUAUUUACAAGGCUGUGGGACACUCUCCUGGGAACCUCCUGUGUCUUUUUUCCACACUCAUUCUGCUCCACCCUAUCUGGACAGUACUGGCUGCCUUAAGAAUGUUCAGUGGGAUGGAAUUAACCGCGCUGAGGGUUGGAGAGGAAAUGGGUGAACUUGGAUUGAGGCGUUCCUUGCUGUGAGUCUCAGGUUUUUGUUUGGAGAGCUGAUUGUUUGGGCCCUGUUCCAAUAAACUCCCUUAUGUCAUUCAC